CUCUCUUUAGCGCACGACACGUCCCACCUUCCCUUCCGUUAUAUAAUUAAGCCUGCGUCAAUAAGGAAAACUGCAAGUCUUUUUGGUUUCUGUGAGAUCUACUUGGCUAUCGCCAUGGCUGACCCGCCGGGUUUCGCAAUCCCGAUCCCCGUAGCAUUGCCUAGUAUCCAGACGAAGACUUGUUGGUGAUAAAUGGGACGCCCGCUGAGGACGGUCUCCCUGCUAUCUGGGCUCUUCAUGGAAUAUGUCAGGUCAAUCUCGAUCUUCAGGAAAGGAUAAUUGCCACGACAACAAUGCCAGCGAUGAAACCAAUCCUUCCACGGCCGACUCGCCAGUCCAUCACAGACUAUGGGGGAGAUUCCGAACCAGAUCAGCAGUCAGCCAAAAGUAAAGAGCAAGAAUAUAUUACUGGCAUCAGACUUGCAGUAGUGAUAACGGCGGUGACAACUGUUUGCUUUCUGAUUCUGCUAGAUACUUCGAUUAUUGUCACGGCGAUCCCAUCGAUCACCACGCGGUUUCAUUCUCUGGAGGACUUGGGGUGGUAUGGUAGCUCAUAUCAGAUUGCCAGCGCUUGCCUCCAGCCUCUCGCUGGGAGAAUAUACACCCACUUUAGUCUAAAAUGGACGUUCUUAGCCUUCCUGUUCACCUUUGAAGUGGGCUCGCUGCUGUGUGCCAUCGCAGUCUCCUCCAAGAUGCUGAUCAUCGCUCGAGCAGUUGCGGGACUCGGAUCAUCCGGCUUGAUUAAUGGUUCCUUGACAAUUGUUUCGUCUUCUGUACCGCUGCAUAAAUCCCCGCCACUCGUAGGCGUGGUAAUGGGCUUUGCCCAACUUGGCGUGGCAUUUGGUCCCCUUCUAGGUGGUGCCUUAACGCAGUACACGACGUGGAGAUGGUGUUUUUAUAUAAACCUCCCCAUGGGAGCAGCUGUUGCGAUCCUCCUUACCUUUACCGAUAUCCCUGAGCAGGUCGUGAAACCUCCCAUCACCGACCUUGGCCAGCUUGUCUGGCGGAAAUUAGACAUCGUGGGUUUCGCUCUCUUUGCUCCCGCCGCCAUCCAACUCCUCCUUGCUCUUGAGCUUGGACAGAAUGGCCUCCCUUGGGGCGGUUCGAAAGUGAUCGGGCUACUCUGUGGAUCAGCAUGUACCUUUGUUCUAUUUGUACUCUGGGAAUACCGUCAGGGUGCGGCAGCUAUGAUACCCUUGUCUAUGAUUCGAAUGCGCGUGGUUUGGGCAAGCUGCCUUUUGAUGUGGCUGAUAUCGGCCAUGACUCUUUCGGCUUCAUAUUACCUCCCUGUCUACUUCCAGGCUACGAGAGAUGUGUCACCUUUCAUGAGUGGGGUUUACAUGUUGCCAAGUAUAUUAUCCCAACUGCUGUUUUCGGUGCUGUCUGGGAUUCUUAUCGGAAAGCUGGGAUAUUAUCUCCCUUGGGCAGUCUUCUGUGGGAUAGCGACUUCCGUUGGCCACGGGUUGAUCUCAACAUGGACGUCUGCCACUCCUGCGGGCAAAUGGGUUGGGUAUCAGGUCCUUGUGGGCGCUGGUCGGGGAUCCGGAUAUCAAACGCCGAUGAUUGCUGUCCAGAAUACGCUCCCUCCUGCGCAGAUCUCUAUUGCUCUAUCAAUCAUCACGUUUUCUCAGACACUUUCUGGUGCAAUAUUCCUCACCUUUGCGAACUUGAUCUUCUCUAAUGGCCUCCGGAGCCUCAUCCCCAAAUACGCCUCGGGUAUCGACCCACAGGUAAUAAUCACGUCAGGUGCAACUGGCGUCCGAAACGUGGUCACAGAACCAGAGCUCGGGGGAGUGCUGAAGGCGUACUCUCAAAGUGUGGGCCACGUCUUCUACAUGGCCGCUGCACUCGGUGUCUGUUGUGUGGCUACGGCGUUUGGAAUGGGCUGGAAGAGUAUCAAAAAGAAGGCCGCAUUGAACACAGUUUAGCUGAACCCCUUGCUCCUCAGCAACGGAUCUAUUGCUGAGCAAAGGCGAACGUGUGGGAUCAACCAAGGACGCAUAUUCGACGCCAAAUGCGUUGCAGAUGAAGGUUUCGAGCUGAAGCAUGGGGUACUUGCCACACAUUUACCUAAUGUCAAGCACACCCGUGUUUACUUCUGCUAUCUCUACAUGUAUAUUUAUCCAACUGCCAACACCGAUCUACUCAAGUAUAGAGUUAUUCUGGUACAUCUAGAUUUGAUAUGGUAAUUGUACAAUUACUGCAGAUA